AGGCUGGGCCGGAACCUUGUUUCAGGGCGGCGGCUGCCGGCCGGAUGGUGCAUUGGGCUCCUGCCGCACCGGGCCGCGCCGCCGCCGCCUCCUUCGACCCGCUGCGGCUGCGCGUGGCUCGGCGCUGCCCCGGGGGAGAUUUUUGCCUCUCCGUUGCCCUGACUUGGAGGUGUUGUACUUUCUGUCUUCGGGGCUGGCAGUAGUCGGCCCUUCCCUUGGGAGCUGUGUCCCAGGGGGAUUAAUGCAAGCUGCGGAUCUCUCUUGUGCCUGGCAUCCGGGUGACUUUCCCUUCAGCUUCCUCGUAGGGCCCAGAGCUCUCCGUCAUUGAGAGGCAGGAUGGUCCACGCUGAAACGUUUUCACGCCCCCUAAGCCGGAACGAAGUGGUUGGAUUGAUCUUUCGCUUAACAAUAUUUGGCGCUGUAACGUACUUCACCAUUAAAUGGAUGGUUGAUGCCAUCGACCCUACCAGAAAGCAAAAAGUGGAAGCUCAGAAACAGGCUGAAAAGCUGAUGAAACAAAUUGGAGUGAAGAAUGUCAAGCUUUCUGAGUAUGAAAUGAGUAUUGCUGCACAUCUCGUCGACCCACUAAGCAUGCAUGUAACUUGGAAUGAUAUUGCAGGCUUAGAUGAUGUCAUUACAGAUCUGAAAGACACUGUCAUCUUGCCCAUCAAGAAGAAAUACUUGUUUGAGAACUCCAGGCUCUUACAGCCACCUAAAGGAGUUCUUCUCUACGGCCCUCCUGGCUGUGGUAAAACCAUGAUCGCCAAAGCUACAGCAAAGGAAGCGGGUUGUCGAUUCAUUAAUCUCCAGCCUUCAACGCUGACUGACAAAUGGUACGGAGAGUCUCAGAAACUGGCUGCUGCCGUCUUCUCCCUCGCUAUAAAGCUCCAACCAUCCAUCAUUUUUAUCGAUGAAAUAGAUUCCUUCUUGCGAAGCCGUUCGAGCUCUGACCACGAAGCGACAGCUAUGAUGAAAGCUCAGUUCAUGAGUCUUUGGGACGGCCUGGACACCGAUUACAACUGCCAGGUCAUUGUGAUGGGAGCCACCAACCGUCCUCAGGACCUUGACUCUGCAAUCAUGAGAAGGAUGCCGACCCGCUUCCAUAUCAACCAACCUGCUCUGAAACAAAGAGAAGCCAUCUUGAAGCUAAUUCUGAAAAAUGAAAAUGUGGACAGGCACGUAGAUCUCCUCCAAGUCGCCAAAGAGACUGAUGGAUUCUCAGGAAGUGAUCUGAAAGAAAUGUGCCGGGACGCGGCUCUCCUCUGUGUCAGGGAAUACGUUAAUUCUGCCUGCGAAGAAGAGAACCACGAUGAAGAUGAAAUCCGGCCCGUGCAACAGCAGGAUCUCCACAGGGCAAUUGAGAAGAUGAGGAAAUCAAAGAAGGCCACGCUUCACGAUGACCUGAUGCACGUCAUUAUAGAUUAAGGCUAAGGGGCGCGCUUGCUGUUUCUGAUGUGAUGUGAUUUGUAUUCUGUAAUCAGUUAACGAAAGCAACAUAAGGGGCUGGGAGUGGGGAUACUCCUUGGAAAGGGGGAGUUCUGUUUCUGGCAUUGUUUUUAUACAGCAAAUGCUAAGUUAUUGGAAUUCUUGUUAUGCACAACUAGAGAUGUAACAAUAGAUCACGAAGUGGAACAAUUACAGCUCAGACCAAGAGCAACUGCUUGUGUCUCGUCCCUUCUGGAUGCACUGUGUAGCCUUAAAGCAGGUUCUCGUGUGGUGUGAGGGCAGCGGCCGACUGCUGCUGGGCUGUGUGUAUGUAUUACAUGUAUAUAGCCACACUUCUUUUUUUAUACGUAGACAUAAUAUGUAGAUAACUUGAGUAUGGAAAAUCUUUUCUACUUCUUGACUGAAGCCAAAUCAGAAGAUGUAUAGAUCCAUUGAUACUCAGCUCACGCUCACUUCUUCCUUCAAGCAGCAGGUAGAAAUUCUGCUUGUAGAAUAACUUUGAGGGCAAAUUGGAAAUGUUACUGGUGUGUUUUUUUUCACAUCAUCACUUGAAACCUGGUGCCAUUGAGUAAAGUUAGAAACUACUGUACAAAAUGUUGGAAUACUUUUUUCUUUUGUAUGAAUUAUGCUUUUGGAGGCAUUUUAAUGCUGUUCUUAUUGUUAUUUUUCCCCAUCAAUGUGAUUUAAUUAAGAGUCUGCUUAAUUGCUCUUUAAUUGCUCUUUCCUUAAGCCCCACCGUGUAGAGGUCCUUCUGAUGAGUUACAUGUCACCAUGGCGGCCCACUGCUAUUUCAUGUCUGGAAGAGGCGCUGCUGCACUGAACCACUGUGCCAUGGUGAGGGGAGCUGCUCUGUGCUGCUUUGCUCUGCCACCUGCUCCGCCAUGCGAAACCGAAGACAACGAGGAGGCAGUUUCAGGUUUAUAAAUAUUCUUUGGCCAUGUUCUGCUGUACGUGUUGGUAACGGUUCGGUCAAUUCAUGUAACGCUACGUAGUGAUAAAGGCAAAGGGUUGAAACGGAAAGUG